AUGACCAUGCUUGUUCUGUUGAGCAAUAUGGCUGAACUUGUCCAUCGUCCAUGGUUAAAACAACAUUCAAAUGCUAACGAGUUGCCAAGUGAUUUAAUUGUUGCACAAAAUGCACUAUGCAUGGAUGCAGAGUUAGAAUGGCAACCUAGAAAAGGCAAUACAUUUAGUACUUUAGAAGAGGCAUGGAAAUUUUGGACUGAAUAUAGGGGUGUUCGUAGAGUAGACAAAAGGGAUCAUUUAACUAUCAAUCCUCAACUUGAAACUAGAACAAAUUGUCCGGUGAAAUUAGGACUGAAAUACAUGAAAGAUAUUGAGAAGUAUCAAAUUUAUGAUUUUUGCGAUGAGCAUAACCAUCCUUUGCAUCUUCUGCAGACAAGUCACAUGCUAUUAUCUCAAAGAAAAUUGUCUCAAGUUCAAUCUCAUGAGAUUGAUUUGGCUAAUGAUUCAGGCCUUAAGCAAAAGACUUCAUUUGAAUUAAUGAGUAGACAAGUUGGUGAAAGAGAAAACCUUGGUUACACAUGCUUGGAUCAAAAGAAUUAUCUUUGUAGCAAAAGGUUGAGAAAUAUGGCAUAUGGGGAGGCAUGA